AUGAGGACCUCCAAAAUCCUUCGCAGUGCACCCCUCGGCAGGCUCGCCGUCCCCCGAGCCGGCAGCGGUCCUUCGAAGACGACAUCAUCAUCCCCAGCGGUGGCAGCAGCAGCCCCCCAAAGCCGACGAGCAGCGAGCAGCCUCUCCCAAAAGCCAAACGCGAACCAUGUUUCCUUCCCCGGGGCUGUCAAAAGCGCCUUCACGAGCAACCUCAAAUUCGAGACGCCAGGCGACUACCCCGCCGUGCCCACCUACCGCGUCGUAGACCAGAACGGCGCUGUCGUCGACGACGCCUUCGUCCCGGACCUGGGCGAGGAGGGGGUCGUCAAGCUCUACAAGGACAUGGUAUUCAUAUCCGUCAUGGACCUCAUCAUGUUCGACGCCCAGCGUCAGGGCAGGCUGAGCUUCUACAUGGUCUCGGCGGGCGAGGAGGCGCUAAGCGUCGGGUCCGCGAGCGUGCUGACGCCCGAGGAUGUCAUAUUCUGCCAGUACCGCGAGCAAGGAGUCUUUAAGCAGCGGGGCUUCACGACGGCGGAUUUCAUGAACCAGCUCUUCGCCAAUUCAAAAGAUCCCGGUAGAGGGAGGAACAUGCCGGUGCACUACGGCAGCAAAGAGCUGAAUAUCCAUACCAUAUCGUCGCCACUGGCAACGCAGCUCCCGCAAGCUUCGGGAGCAGCCUACGCUUUGAAAAUGCAGCGAAUGCAAGAUCAGUCGGUACCUCCCAGAGUUGUUGCGGCCUACUUUGGUGAGGGCGCGGCGAGUGAGGGAGACUUUCACGCCGCCCUUAACAUUGCGGCUACGAGAUCAUGUCCUGUAAUCUUCAUUUGCAGAAACAACGGUUAUGCCAUCUCCACGCCGACGCUAGAACAGUACAGGGGUGACGGAAUUGCCAGCCGCGGUCUUGGUUACGGAAUCGACACCAUCAGAGUAGAUGGCAACGACAUCUGGGCUGUCCGCGAGGCCACAAAGAGGGCCCGUGAAAUGGCGCUCGAGAACGGAGGCCGUCCCGUCUUGAUCGAGGCCAUGACGUACCGGGUGAGCCACCACAGCACGUCGGACGACUCGUUUGCCUACCGUGCCAGAGUUGAAGUUGAGGACUGGAAGAGGAGGGACAACCCCAUCACGCGCCUGCGCAAGUACAUGGAGGCCAAAGGGAUGUGGGAUGAGGCCAAGGAAAAGGAAUGCAGAGACUCGACUAGGCGGGAGGUGCUAAAGGCGUUCAAGGAGGCUGAGAUGGAGAAGAAGCCGCCGAUCCGAGGCAUGUUCGAGGACGUCUAUGAGGAGCUGACGCCGGAUCUGAAGCAGCAGAUGGCGCAGCUACGCGAGCACCUGGACAAGUACCCGGAUGAGUACGACUUUGGUGAAUUUGAAGGAGGCAAGGACAGCCUGAAGGCAUAA